ACUACGGGCCGGGCCACGUCGGCGGUGUGCGUGUUUCCUUCUCUUCCCUUCCAGCGCAUCUGAGAGGUUUCUUCUGGAACGUACAGGAAGAGGGGAGUUCAAGGCGGAAAGGGAGAGGGAGAACGAGGCGCAGUGACCGUUGGAUUCAAUAUGGAUCAGAUAGAUCAUCUUAAGGGCAGCACUGACCUUGACCUCUCUAAAGAUGGUACGAGGAACUCUGGAGGAGCCGACAGAUGGAGUGGACCACCAUCCGAAGAAAAGAAAGCUGCCAUUCAGGCUGAAGUGGCUAGAGUGAACCAACUUCCUUCCAAUAGCAGCUAUGCAGUACAUCGCAUGCGGGUGCUGAACAAACUUUUACAUCUUAUGUCCAUUCAAAGGACUGCUUCUCAGGAAGAGGAAUUGGAACUUCUUUUUGCAACUCUUUCUCUGUGAAAUGAGGAAAGGCUGCAUAUCCAAGCACUGACGGGAAAUAACUUUCUGUUCUCACCAAGAAGGAUGCAAGACCCUAUAACAUAUGAGAGCACAUGUAUGGUGUUCCCAGCAUGUAAUACCUCUGCUGGCGGUGUUUUGUGAUGCUUUUCCUUCUCUGUAUAGUUUUCAGCAAGCGGUUGACUGUUUUUUGCUCAUGCAGCUACAAAUAUACCUAUUUCUGAGCUUUCAAGCUUUUACUCAGAUUAUAGUCGCAUAAUAAGUAAGGUCUGUUCCUUUGGGCUUGUUUUUGUUUAGAAAACUCUUUGGGCUUUAAGUUGUCGGGAAACGAAGACAGUUUUUUUAGGAGUUUGAAAA